AUGUCUACUCCUGUGGAAACUUUUACCACAUACAAACAUUCGAUUGAACUUCAGAAAAAUGUUGCUGAUCUCUGGUGGACAGUCGAUGACAAUGAACGCGAGAUCACAUUCGAAUUACACAUCAACACAACAGGCUGGAUAGCAUUGGGUAUUAAUCUAGCAGGUGGUAUGAAAGGGACUGACAUUGGUGUAGGAUGGGUUGAUCAGAGAGGCAGUGUAUAUUUUCAAGAUCGGUAUGCAUUUGCUAAAGAACGUCCUAUGCUCGAUAAUACUACGAUUGAUUGGUUUGCACUUCAAGGUCGUGAAGUGAGCGGAUGGACAGCCAUUCAAUUCAAACGUUUACUAGACACUUGUGAUCUCAUGGAUGUUCCAAUCAAGUCCGGCACCAAUAAACUUAUUUUUGCUUAUGGUCUGACCGAUCCUAUUCCAUCAGGCCCAAAUGGUGAAAUCUCUUAUCAUGAAAAUCAACAUGGUUCACGUGCUCUUUCUCUUCGAUCAUAUACUGAUUCACUAUCUGAAGAUACAUUUGCUGGACUUGACUACUUCGAUUUUCGUUUGAACAAUGCAUGUCACAUUUCAAUCUUCUAUUGA